CUCUCCCUCUCUCUCCACCUCCUCCUCCCCUACAUUGCCUGAUGGAUUCCGCGCCGCGAUACAGAAAUGUUCCUUUGUUAACGCACGCAGAGACUUGGUGGAAUACACGUUUUUUUUUGUUCCCUAUCAACCACCCGAGCGCCUGCCGAUCGAGGAGAGACGCCUCUCCACUCGAGCUCGCCUUUACCCGAAGACCCCCGCAGCGCUGGGUGAUGUACCGGCUCUCUCCUUAGCCCAGGCUACGCUCAACCAUGCCACAGAGCCCGGUCUCCAGUGAUGAUGAGAGGCGCAGUGGCUCCGACUCUGACACCGAGAGCUCCGAGGACGGGGCCGUGCGGGGCGGCGCCGGCGCCGACUCCACCGUCGCCCCGUCGAGACCCAUCCAGACCGAUUUCAGUAUGAUGGUAUUCCGCAUCGGGAUUCCCGACCUCCAGCAGACGAAAUGUCUUCGAUUUAACCCUGACGCCACUAUCUGGGCAGCGAAGCAGCAGGUGCUGUGCACACUGAACGAGAGCCUGAAGGAUGUACUGAACUAUGGCCUGUUCCAGCCAGCCAGUAACGGGCGAGACGCCAAGUUCCUGAACGAAGAGAAGCUCCUCCGAGAGUACCCGCAAUCCUUUGAGAAGGGAGUGCCGUAUUUGGAGUUUCGCUACAAGACGCGGGUUUAUAAACAGACCAACCUGGACGAGAAGCAGCUGGGGAAGCUUCACACGAAGGCCAGUUUGAAGAAGUUUCUGGAAUAUGUCCAACAUGGAGCAGCAGAGAAGGUUCUCAAACUCCUGGAUAAAGGGCUGGACCCCAACUUCCAUGAUGCAGAGACUGGAGAGGUGCCGCUGACACUGUCCGCACAGCUGGAGAACUGCCCAGACGUUAUCCGUGUGUUGUGUCUUGGAGGAGCCCACAUCGACUUCCGAGCGCGAGAUGGGAUGACGGCUCUGCACAAGGCAGCCAUUUACGGCAACUACAAUGCAGUCUCGACACUGCUGGAACAAGGGGCGUCUCCGAAUUACAAGGACCGGCGCGCACUGACGCCUCUCUACCACACGGCCAUCGUGGGCGGUGACACCAGCUGUUGCGAGCUCUUGCUCUACCACCGGGCUCAGAUCGGCUACGCCGACGAAAAUGGCUGGCAGGAGAUUCACCAGGCUUGUCACCAUGGCCACGCACAGCAUCUGGAACACCUGUUGUUCUAUGGAGCGGAGAUCAACAGCCUGAAUGCGUCAGGGAACACGGCGCUCCACCUUUGUGCUCUCUACAACAGGUAUAGCUGCACUCGUAUCCUGCUCUACCGGGGGGCUAACAAGGAGAUGAAGAACAACAAUCGACAGACCUCCUUCCAGGUGGCAAUCAUUGCAGGCAACUUUGAACUGGGCGAGUUCAUCAAGAAUCACAAGGACACCGACGUGGUUCCAUUCAAGGAGACCCCGGUCUACGCGCCGGAGCGGAGGGAGGGCCACAAUGCGCUCGCCGUCCCCCACCCCCUGCAGCGCUCCAGCAGCGAUAACAACCUCAACAUCCCCGAUUGGCUGAGCUUCUCCGGCGGACAGACCGCCCGCAACCCCAACGGCACCCUGCGCAGCAUCAGCAGCCCCCGGGGAGGCCGCAGCCGCUCCCCGUCCCGCAGUCGGCAGGGUGACGACCCCAAGAAGCAGCAGCGCGGACGCCUCAGCUCAGCGAUGGGGAGCAAGGACGCGGCAGGCAGCACGCUGGGCCGUGGCGUAAAGCGCAAGUUGUACACCGCUGUCCCCGGAAGAGUCUUCAUGGUGGUGAAGUCGUACCAGCCGCAGGGAGAAGGGGAAAUCCAGCUCAACAAGGGUGAAAAGGUCAAAGUCCUCAGUAUCGGAGAAAGGGGAUUCUGGGAAGGCACGGUGAAAGGGCGGACGGGCUGGUUUCCCGCCGAGAAUGUGGAGGAGGUGCCGAAUAAACCCCAGGAAAGCAAGCACGAGAGCCGCAGUGAAAAGGCAAAGCGACUGUUCCGGCACUACACCGUGGGAUCGUACGACAGCUUCGAUGCUCCAAGUGACUAUAUCAUCAAAGAGAAGACGGUGUUACUGCAGAAGAAAGACAGUGAGGGAUUUGGAUUUGUGCUCCGGGGAGCCAAAGCCCAGACACCCAUCGAGGAGUUCACCCCAACGCCAGCCUUCCCUGCACUUCAAUACCUCGAGUCAGUGGAUGAAGGUGGAGUCGCUUGGAGAGCGGGAUUACGGAUGGGUGACUUCCUGAUUGAGGUGAACGGACAGAACGUUGUGAAGGUGGGGCACCGUCAGGUGGUCAACAUGAUCCGGCAGGGAGGCAACAACCUCAUGCUCAAAGUAGUCAUGGUAACCCGCAACCCCGACAUGGAGGAGGCCUCCCGGAAGAAAGUCACGUCGCAGAACAAACGGCUGACUCCUCCCACGAUCGCCCUGCGCUCAAAGUCUAUGACCUCAGAACUCGAGGACCUGGCGUCUCCGUGGAACAGGAAGAGUGAUUACGAACCUUCACAGGCGACAGAGAAGAGGAAGGUUUACCAGAUGGCACUAAACCGACUGGACGAGAUCCUGGCUGCUGCCCAGCAGUCCAUCGCCAACGAGACGGCCGGAGGUCAGGCUGGCAUUCCCAAACCCCGUCCUGUCCCCAGAACCUACUACAGUCCUGAGCCACUGUAUGGGCAGACGGGAAUGUCGAUAAUGGGGCCUCCAAUCAGCUUCGACCGUCCAUACCUAGCGGCACAACAAGGAAUGAUGCGGCAGAAGUCAAUGGGAGCCUCUGAGGAGGAAAAGCAAUUCCUGGUGCCUCCGGCCUUCAAGUUUGCCCGCAGCCUCUCGGUGCCAAGUGCGGACGAUAUCCCCCCACCACCCACCACUGCUCCUCCGGACCCGCCCUUCAACCUGGUGCAGCCCCGCACCGGCCCACCGCCGCCCCCUCCCACCCUGGCCCAGGCCCCAACCCCAUCCUCCGCUUCCUCCCGCGCCGUCUUCAACGCUGCCGAGGCGGGUAGCCUGUAUGCCGGCCUGCGCCAGGAGCUGGCCGAGGCCAAAGAUCGGCACCGGCGGGAGAAGGCGGCCGCGGCCCUGCGGCAGGCGGGUGAGCAGCUCUCCGAGGACAGGCCGGCCCACCACCCGGGAGCCGGGGUCCCCCUUGGCUCCUCCGCCGCCAGGAGCCGCCGCGGCCAGGCCGCGGAGGCCCGCUACACCAACCCGACGGGCCGCACGGCCAAUGCCGCCAUGUACGUGCCCGCCAAGCCGCUGCGGCGCAAGGGGCCGCUGGUGAAGCAGUCCAAGGUGGAGGACGAGCAGCCGCAGACGCAGGCACCGCCCCCACAGCCAGCGGAGAAGACCUGCUCCAUCCCCAUCCCCACCAUCAUUGUCAAGGCACCGUCCACCAGCAGCAGCGGCCGCAGUAGCCAGGGCAGCAGCGUGGAGGCUGAGGCAGGGCCCGAGGCGCCACAGGCCCGCCACGGCUUAGAGCUGAGCGCGGGACCCGGGCCUGGGCCUGCAGUCGUGCCUGGGACGUCUCGACGAGAUCGCGAGCACCGCGAGCGCUACGCUGAGGCCCGCCACAAUUCGGCUACCUUCCUAUCGACGGACGAGGCAGAGACCCGCGGGCACCCGUCCCCGGCCCGGCGGCUCGCUCACUCCAAGUCCAUCGACGAAGGCAUGUUCAACCACGCCGAUGCCUUCCUGAACCUGGUGGCGUCAGCCGGCCGGUCCUACCCCGUGCAGACCAAGGCGGGCAAGCCGGCACAAGGGGCGGGCAGCGCCUUCAGCUCACCGGCCCCCUCAGUUUUAGGGCAGCGGGGAUCGGUGGUGGCCGGCACCUUCAUCCAUCCCUUGACUGGCAAGGUGCUGGAUCCCGAGUCGCCGCUAGGCCUGGCUCUGGCUGCCCGCGAGCGCUCGCUCAAGGAGCAGGCCAGACCUGAAGCUGAGGAGCGCAAGGCACUGGUCUCGGCCCGUUACACCGAGCCCAGCCAGGGAGAAGGAGCCAAGCCCCCGGUUUUGGCUGGAGGGGGGCCAGCAACCGCUCGAGGGCCAGAGGAGGAGACGGCAGUAGCAGCUCCCCCUGAGGCCCCAGCCCGAGUUCGGGCCCACCCGGCGGUUCCCCCCGGGAGCCCGACCCGGGUCCGAGCCCACCCUGCACCUCCGCCUGAGCCCCCGGCCCGAGUCCGGGCCCACCCAGAGGCUCCCCCUGAGAGCCCAGCCAGGGUUCGAGCAUACCCAGCAACUCCCCCCGAAGCCCCGGCCCUGCCGCUGACCGCUCUCCCGCCGCCUGCCCCCUCGCUCGACGUUGAUGAGGAGUUUGUCUUCAGCGACCCACUGCCGCCACCUCUCGAGUUCUCCAACAGCUUCGAGGGGCCCGAGGUGGUGGUGCCUCCACCGCCGCCCCCCAGCUCGCCACCCCCUCCUCCUCCUCCUCCCCCUCCCCCUCCCCCUCCCCCACCGCCGCCUCCCCCAGCUCCGCCUGGCCCCGAAGCUCAGAGCCUGCCCACCGUUGACUCCACCGGCUCCAGCCUCACCUCCUACGACAGCGAGGUAGCCACCCUGACCCAAGCGCCCAAGGAGGGGCAGGGCGGCUGCCUGGAGGGGGCAGGGGCCAGAGCCCAGGGGGCAGCAGGCGGGGGCGGGUGCCAGGCCUCGGUCCAGACCCCGCCCGAGGCGGUGGGCGACUCGGGCAUCGAGGAGGCGGACAGCCGGAGCGGCAGCGACCAUCACCCCGAGACGGUGGGCGGCGCCUCUGCCCUGUCACCUGAGGGUGACGGCCUGCUCGACACCUAUAUGGCCGCCUACCUGGACGGCCACGUGCUGGGCCCCGAGCAGCAGCCGGCGGUCGCCUUCCCCUGCCGGCCCCGCACCCGUCCCGGCCCGCCGCCCCGGGGCCUUCCCUGCGCCCCCGGCCACGCCCCCUACCCACCCCAGCCCCCGGCAUCCGUCCCCCCACUGUGGGAGGAGCCCCUGCACAGCCAGGUGCCCAGCAUGGCCUCGAUGAAGGCCAGCAUCAUCAGCGAACUCAGCUCCAAGCUACAGCAGAUGAGCGGGGGCCCUUGGGCCCGGCACGGAGAGAGCGUGGGACCACCGACUGCUGCCAAGCCGCCACCACCCCGCCACAGGUUCUCGGAUGACCCCACCCUGGGUGCAGCUGCACAGAAGCCUCCAGUGAGCAGCACCUUCCAGAACUGGCCCCAGAAUCCCCUGUCCGGGCCCAGGCCCCCCAAGACGGUGGAGUUCGACAUCAAGCCGGUGCUACGCAGGGCCCCCAGCCCCUCCAUGUCGCCAGCUGAGCCGCGGACUGGCCCUGCCACCCCCCGCCCCUCCUCCCUGCCCAUCCUGCCCUCGGCUGUGGGAGCACCCCCGCCACCGGUAGCCUAUGAUGCCCACAGCGCCCCCGCCUCGGGGGGCAACAGCUACGCCAGUUUCCCGCCGAGCAGCCGAGCCCACUCGCCAGCCGCAGGGUUCCAGUCGCCCCCUCCUGUACCCCCGGACAAGCCCUUCGCUGCCAAGCCUCUGGCCUUCUGGAGCAAGUUCGAUGUGGCCGAUUGGCUGGAGUACCUACACCUCGGCGAACACAAGGAGCAUUUCCUGGACAAUGAGAUUGACGGCAGCCACCUGCCCUCGCUACAGAAGGAGGACUACGUGGACCUGGGAGUUACCCGUGUCGGGCACCGCAUGAACAUUGAACGGGCCUUGAAGCAGCUCCUUGAGAGGUGAUCCCUGGGUGUGGGGCUGCUACACGUGGGCUCCCCUCCCAACCCCAGCAGUAAUUUCUCCUCCCAUCACCAAAUCCAACCCAAAUCCUGCUUUAAUCCUUUGCCCCGCUCUCUCAGUCUCCCAGCCCAACAUAAACCAAAUUUCAGUUCCUCCCCAUUCUCACAACGCAAACAAAACCCACGCCCAGUUCCCCACACCCCCCAAAUCCUUACCCCACUCAAGCCAACACAAACCAACCUUCAGUCCCUCCCCAUUCUCCCAAUAAAAUCAAAACCCAUCUUCAGUCCCCACACCCGCCCAAUCCAAACCCAACCCUCCCAGCCCAAAUGUUUUCCCCACUCUCCCUACCCCAACCCAAAUGAAACCAUUCCCCAAGCUCUCGCCCCACUUUCCCAAGACCACCAACCCAACCGAAACCCAUUGCCAGACCCCACAUUCUCCCUCUCCCCCAAUUCUCUCCUCCUACUCUGAAACAUCCUAAGCUCCUUUCUCCACUCUUCAAAUAAUCAAAACCAACCCUCAAUCCCACCCCAACUCUCCCAGCCCAAGCCAAAGCCAUCUCUAGACCCCCCACAAUCCCUCCCCCAUUCUCCCAACUCAACUCAAGUCCAUCCUCAGUCCCCACACUCUCCUAAUCUCUCCUCCUUCUCUGCAACCCAGCCCGAUCCAAUCCCCCAACCUAACCCCGAAACCCUCCCCAUUCUGGCAACUCAACCCUUGCCCCACUCCCAAUACCUCCAAUCACUCCCCAUUCUCUCAACCCCUCCAAUCCCUUCCCUGAUUCUAUCAAAUCAAACCCAUCUCCAAUCCCCCAACUCCCUUCCCAAUCCAACUCAAUAUCCUCCCACACACUCCCAACCUCACCACUAUCCCCCUGCCGUCCUAACCCACCCAUCCCACACUUCCUAUACACUCCCUACCCUUCCACCACCCCAACAGCCUUCCCAACUCCCCAACAACCCCUCUUUCCAAACUACCACCCCACCACCACCAUCAUUCCCCCAACCCAUUCACCCAGUAUUCCAUCAAGUCCAUCCCACCUCUACACUUUCCUUUCCCGAACCAACUGCUACCCUUCCCAACCUCAACCCCAUCCAAUCCCUUUGGAAACCAGUUCCACUGGAAGGAUGGUGAAUGUACGAAGUCAACUCUUGCAUACAGUAGUUGCUGCAAAGACUCCCAACACCAGCGCCCCCCUCUGAUCAGCAGCAGGGAUUUCAACGUCAUGCGCUGAAGGGGGUGUCAGACGCUUACCGCCGUACAGACCAAUCAUUGCACUGUAAUGGUGAGGGACCCGAAGAUUCUCCUCCGUCUCCUUUAUAACUGCAAAGAAGUGCAGGUUUCUUUUAUCCGCCAGUUCUCAGUGCCUGGGCAAUCUCAUCUCUCCUCCUGCCAAUUUCCAGGGCUCAAAGAAAGCAUUUUGCCUCACUUUCCUCCCACCCACCCAGUCUAUCGCCUGCUCCCUGUUCAGCCACCCACAAAAGGAUCAAAAACUCAUCAGACCCAGCGUUCCUCACUGGAAAAUUGCAACAACCUGUAUAUGUAUGCACACAGGAUUACCUCUCGCACACUUAUGCACUUAUACACACAUAUUUGUGUAUAUAUACACACACACACACACACACAAAUAUAUAUAUAUACAGGCACAUAAACAUGCAUUCCGAAGUUCUCACACACACGCGCACGCAUACAUACACACACACACACACACACACACACAAACGCGCGCACGAUCAUACAUGAACACUCCCGCAAACGUGGAUGUGUAUAUAUCAAGACAUUUGGGUAAGGUAUUGUGCGUAAAGGGGAACUGGUAAGGUUAUGUAAUCCAGAGGUGUUUGAUACAGGGCCACCUCAAAGGUCAUCAAGGGAAAUGAAAGCUGAUGUUGGAGGAAUGUUACAGACUGAUGGAGACGGACAGGAAACAGAGCUGGUAUGAAUACUUUUAAUGCCCAGGUGAGACAAGUACUUUGCCACUGGGCUGGGUCCUGAGACCUCAGUUUCACAAAAUUUUUAUCAGAAUCCUGGUUACAUUUGUUAAUAAUGCAAUGAUAUAGAUGAGAGCCAGGAGCUUUCAGGGCCCCGAGAGGGUGAAGUGGUAAAGUUCUGAUAAGUGGGAAAAUGUGAAAUUAUUCAUUUUGGCAGGAGCGAAGAAGGGGAAAAAAAGCAGAUUAUGUAAAGAGUGAGAUGGUGCAGGGGAAUCAAAAUGAACCAGUGCAGCAAUGGAGGAAGAACCUGCCCAGAUGGGCAGCACCUGUGGAAAGAAAACAGUUAAUGUUUCAUGUUGAGGCUGGGAAAGGGGGAAAGGCUAGUCUGCAGGUACAGCUAGCUAGUACUUCAGAAAACAUACAGAGCAUUUAUUUGUUACUUGUGAGAGAAAUGCGAAAUAAAAGGGGAGGUUAUACUUAAGCUAUGUGGGGUCUUGGUGAGAACACAUUUGGAGGAAGUGUAUACAAUGUCUGUGUCUUUAUUUGAGGGAGGAGGUGAAUUCAUCAGAAACAGUUCAGAAGGUUCAUUGGACUGAUGGUGGGAAUGAGCAGUUUUAUUACCAGGAAAGCUUAGACAGUCUGGGCUUAUAUUUAAGAGACUGAGAAGUGGAGAGUUUUCCAGGGUAGGUUCACAAGAAUGGUCCCGGGAAUAAAAGGGUUAACAGGUGAGGGGCAUUUGAUGGCUCUCGGUCUGUUCUCACUGGAGUUGAGAAGAAAGAUGGGGGAUCUUAUUGAAACCUAUCAUAUAUUGAAUGGCCUAGAUAAAGUGGAGUGGAUGUUUCUUAUAGUGGGGGAGUCUAGAACCAGAGGGCACAGCCUCAGAAUACCAGGACAUCCCUUUAGAACAGAGAUGAGGAGGAAUUUCAUAGCCAGAGGAUGGUGAAUGUAUGGAAUUCAUUGCCACAGACAGCUGUGGAGGCCAAGUCAUUGGGUAUAUUUAAAGUGGAGGUUGAUAGGUUCUUGAUUAGUAAGGAUGUCAAAGGUUACGGGAGAGAAGGCAGGAGAAUGGGGAUGAUGAAACAGCUGAGCAGAUUCAAUGGGCUGAAUGCCCUAUUUCUGCUCCUAGGUCUUAAGGACUGCUGCCAGGAAUGGACAGUUGUGUUGCAACGCAAGUUUCAACAGGCUGGGCUUAUAUUUGACAGGUGGCUUGACUAAGGAACAAGAACCUAAGUGAUCUCAACAGGGUCAGUAUGGAGAGGGUGCUUCCACUUGUGGCAGAAUCUAGAACCAGGCGGGGGCACUGUUUAAAAAUAAGCGACUGGAAAUGAGGUGAAAUGAUGAGAAAAGGGUAAACAUUGACAUUAAUGGUGUUUGUCAUAACACUUUAAAACACUGCCAUGCCCAGUGGCUUGCGGGAAUCAAAGGGGAGACGUAUAGGGUGCCCAGCUCAGGGGCUGCUGGUGUACACACAGCUGUACGUUGCUAUUGGUUUAUUAUUAUCACAGGUACUGAGAUACAGUGAAAAGCUUGUCUUGCAUGCUGUUCAUACAGAUCAGAUCAUUACAUGGUGCAUUGAACUACAACAAGGCGAGACAAUAACAAUGUAGAAUUAAGUGUAGAAGCCUCCGAAAAAAAGUGGAAUGCAGGUAAAUGAUAAAGUGCAAGAUCACAAUGAGGUAGAUUGUGAGGCCAAGGUCUAUCUUAUCACACAAGAUGUCCAUUCUGGAGUCUAAUAACAGUGGGAUAGAAACUGUUCUUCAGCCUGAAGGUACGAGAUUUCAGGUUUCUGUAUCUUCUGCCUGAUGGGAGAGGGGAGAAAUGAGAAUGUCUGGGGUGGGUUGGAUCUUUGAUGAUACUGUCUGCUUUACUAAGGAAGCGAGAAGUGUAGCCAGAAGGAAAGCUGUUUUUCAUGAUGUGCUGAGGUAUGCCCGCAAUUCUGCAGUUUCUUGUGGUCGUUUGCAGAGCUGUAACAAGCCAUGAUGCAUCCAUACAGAAUGCUUACACUGGCGCUGACACGCUCACACUCAUUAUUCACACACACACACUCUGCCAUUCACUGUGUCACACUUGCAUCAGUGCUCAGGUACACGCGCACACAUACACACUAGUGCACACAAACACAUUCCCUGAAACUGGGGGAGUUAGAGACCCUCGAGGCACCUAUCCCAGAUAUUCAGAAGUUAGGGAAUGUCUUGCGGUCUGUUCACAGACGAGGUCCCAAGUUCUGCUGUGUGGUGCUAGGGAGUGUCCCACUCAGGUUCAGUGUAUGGUUGAGAGCGGGGCAUCCCAGGGUUCAGUGAGAAUGUUUCUGUAAGCAAUUCACUUCCCCUCCCCAACCACUCUGAACUCCCAACUCACCAACCUCCCCCCCGCCACACCCAAUUCCAGCAAGCAGGGUAUGCGAUGCUACCUGUAGUCCAGGUGCGCCUCUCCUGUCUCACCUGCUACUCUCCAGGUGGACAAUACAAGGGAUGAGUGGUGAGCAGGAGUUAAUCCGUCUCCUGUCAGGUAGAUGGUAUUGAGGCAAUAGGGCUCACGGGCCAUGGCCCCGCCACCUAAAGGAGGCGAACCCCCACCCAUGUAGGUGGGAGGAGAGAGCACUUUGUCCAAAGGCAAGACUAAGACAUGAGCAUCCCCCAAUGUCUGGAGAAUAUUUGGUGUGACGUGCCUACUGAAGGGACCGUAGAGGGAAAGUGGAGAGGAGUAUUCCAGCCUCCUACCCUUGAUCACAGUCCCAUGACCCCACCACUACUGAAGAGAGGGUGAGGACGGUGAUUUCAGGAGAAGCCCAAUGCAAUGCUAAGAGAUCAAACCCAGCAUUGUAAGAAUCAAUUUGCUUCUCCUGCUGAAUGGGAGUGUGGGUUAGGUUUGAAGCUCCUUCCCACUCACAGCCCUGGGACUGGAGGUAUUAGGCAGGUGUUAUUGAGAGGAUGCGGUUACCAACGUCUGGACACUGAACUCUCGGAUUGAGGUGAUGACUGAUGCCUCCAUGAAGAGUUGAAGCUUAGACCUUCAGGUAGACCAUAAACACAAGAGAUUCUGCAGAUGCUGGAAAUCCAGAGCAACACAUUCAAAAUGCAGGAGGAACACAGCGGGUUAGGCAGAAACUGUGGAGGGGAAUGAACAGUUGACAUUUCAGGCCCAGACCCUUCCCAAAACAUCCAAUGUUUAUUCCCCUCCAUAGAUGCUGCCUGACCUGCUAAGUUGCUCCAGCAUUGUGUGUGUCCUGGUAAACCAACCAAUGGCAAUCAGUAUUUCUGUGGGAGCUAGGGAAACAUUGCAGGUCAUUUCCCAUUUACUGAAAGCAAAGUUAUUGUCCUAAGUUGGCUCCUUUCUAACGAACCGCACAAGUACUUCUGAGAAUACAUCAUGUGACUUUUGAACCAGAUUGCUGCCACCACCCCCGGCCUCCGCUUCUGAAGCUCACAGAGACCAAGCCCACACUCACAUCAGACAUCAAUCCCACUGAACUCCUCCAACACACAUCUACACACCAGGAGGGUAACGCGCAGCACCCGAUCAGCCCACCAGCACUUAUUUCGGGUGUGGGAGGAAACCGGAACGCCCAGGGGAAAGCCAGGCAGUCAGGGGAAGAAUGUGCAAACUCUGCAUGCUCAGCAGCCACAGUCGGGGGUAAAACCAGCUUACUAAACAUAGGAGGCAGUCGUUCUCCUGGCUGUGCUGCCCCCAACUUAUUUAGUGUUGUCCUGCCUCUUGUUCAAUGCCUUCAUUAUUUUAAAGACUUCUUGGUCAAAAUCCACUUCGUACCUGUCGUUCAGCUCCUCUAUUGCCCAAAUGCUGAGCAGGAACAAGGUGACAGCCCCUUUCAAAUUGAGCACGGAGGUGGGAGUCAAUUUGGCUCCCCAAGGAGGGAAACACUCUCUGUAUUAGGGAGUUGCCUUCUAGCAUGAGGGGUUUGUCCACACUGAAGGCGAGGUGGGCCCUGCAGAUAUGACGUACCAUGACAGCAGGGAUAACGGGUUAGCAAGGUGAAAUGUGGUCAUAGUGUGCGAUCCUGCCAUGGUAGGUAGAGCAAUUCCCAUUGACGUUCCCUCUCCCACCAAUUCUCACCCCAUCUGGGAAUGAAGGACAAAAGUCCUGGCAUUGUACCAACUGCAACCUGUCCACGAGGGGGUGCCCAUUGCACUGCAGGUGAUAUUAAAUUGUCUUCCAUUUGGAUAGAAGUGUGACCCUCCCCCCCCUUUGUCCCCUUACCCUCCCUGCCCCACCCAUCCAAUCUCGACAUCUGUGUCCAAAGACAUGAUAUCUGUUCUCAAAUUCACAUUGAUUUAUCACACGUACAUCGAAACAUUUGCAUUAACAACUAACGCAACCCAAGGAUGUGCUGGGGGCAGCCCACAAGUGUCGCCACACAUUCCGGUGCCAACGUAGCCCACCCACAAAGCUCAGGAGAACGACCCUGAACACAACAAAACAGAACAUAGCAAGCGCAAGCCAGGCCCCAUUUUUUCCUCCUGCCAUCCACCCACACAGUCCUCUAACCCCAGGUCUUCUUCAACCUCCAGCCUCCAGUGUGAGCAUCUUCACCCGUUAUACAACCCAAUCAUUAAUCAAGGCUCAGGAGUAAGGGUCGAGUGGGUGAGAAGGUGUGGGAGGGCCAUGUUUUGCGUGUCUGCUGUGCCCAUUUUGGGGGUGGGGUGUGGGGAGCACACUUGGGGUAACAGAAGAUGGGCGAUGAUUAUACAUUGAGUAUUGAUGAUGAAGGUUUAUCGGAAUGAGUAUAAACAAAGGCUCCCAUCUCCCUCACAAGGACAGUGAUGCUAACGGUGCACUAAUAGAAUUCCUGUGUGCUCCCUCACACAGGCCAACGCCAAUUUGAUUUUACAUUUAAAUUCUUAAAAGAGCAUUUAAAAGGAUUGAAAGCUGUACGCUGUUUACGGAGACCAGAACUGCAUGGUGUGUGGUGGUGGUGCGUUCUGAUGAGCCAUCUCUAGCGGGCAUCGCUUUGAUUUCAUUUGCCAUGUUGUGUUUAACCCUGCAAAGGUGCAAGUUUGGUCUUUCGUGGGUGUGCAUUGAGCUCUUCCUCAGUCCUGCUGAGGGUUAAUUGAAGUAACAUCAUUUUUUUUCACUGAAGGUACUUCAGUAAAUCUUCUGGUGACGGGCACAUCUCGUGACCUGUCGUGCCAGGGCUGGAGGAGUGGAAGGUGUGUGAUUUGGAGAGAGUCCCACAAAAAAAAACAGAAAUGCAAGGCGUUCUAACACAAAUUUUUGAAGGUUUCCAUGUGGGAGGCUGGAUUUGACUGGCAAUGUCAGCUGCAUAUUGGCACCCUGUAGCUCUCAAUGGGAUCGUCACUAAUCCCUUUCUUCCCAGUUGCUGGAUACAGAGAUAAUCUCCUUCCAUGUGUGUGUGUGUGUAUGUCUGUCUGUCUGAGUGCGUAAGAGUGUGUGUGUAUGUGUCGGUGAGUGUGAAUGUGAGAGUGUGGGUGUACAGAUUUGCAGUGUGUGAGAGAAUGGUAGAAUUUACAGGUUUGUACAGUGUGCAAGAUGCAUGUGUGUGUUCACAAAUGUGAACAGAAGUAUGAGUGUGCCAAUGUGCAAAUCCGUGCACAUGUGCAAGUAUAUGUGUAUAUCUACGUGAGGCUGCCUACACGUGUGUGGGUUGAUAUGUAUCUGUGUACCUGAUACUAUAUGUGCUGGAAUACAGGCAGAAGGAAUCUGCUCUCUGUGUAUGCACACGUGCGAUAUCAAACUGGAAAGAAUGCAGAAAAGUUUUGUGAAUGUUGCCAGGACUUGAGGGACUGAGUUACAGGAAGAGGUGGAACAAGCAAAGGUUUUAUUCCCUUGGAGUGCAGGGGACUGUGAGGCAUAAUGUUGAGAGGGGCUCUGCACACUCUUGUUUGCAGGGUUGGGGAUUGAAGAACUAGGGGGCAUAGGUUUAAGGUGAGAGGGGAGAGACUUAGUAGAAAAUUGAGGGGAAACUUUUUUUUACACACCAGAGAUAGUAUGUAUGUGGAAUGAGUUGCCAGAGGAAGUGGUUAAGACAGGUACAGAAACAACUUUCAGAACAUUGUACGACAGUUACAUGGGUAGGAAAGGCUUAGAAGGUUAUGGGCCAAAUGAUGUCAAAUGUGACUAGUUCAGAUGGGACCUCUUGGAUAGCACAGACCAGUUGGGCUGAUGGGCCUGUUUCUGUGCUGUGUGACUAAAACCAGAGAGCCUGCCUUACCUAGGUGGAGCGCAGCAUUGGGGGUAAUCCCUGGUUCUCCUUCCAAUUAGUGUCCUGGCAUCUAUUAGACUGGCUAGGGAGUUUAAGUCUCAUUAAAAGGGGGGCGAUCUCCAACAGUACAAUGCUCCCUCAGUUCUACAUUAGCCUGGUGGCUCAAAUUUCUGUGGUCAGACUUCUGGAGUCCCUUGGACCAUUGAAAUUGGUUGCCAGCGGCCCAGGGAACAACAUGGCAGUACAGAGUUAGUGAGACACUCGUGGGUUAGAAUAGGUUCGUUGUUGUUACCUGCACAGAGAUUCAGUAAAAAGCUUUCAUUUAGAAACAUAGAAACAUAGAAAAUAGGUGCAGGAGAAGGCCAUUUGGCCCUUCGAGCCUGCACCGCCAUUUAUUAUGAUUAUUUGUGUGACCAUUCCAUACAUGAGAACAUCGAGGUAGUAAAUCAAAAACCAGAAUGCAUUAUGUAGUGUCGCAAUUACAGAGAAAGUGCAGUGCAGGUAGACAACAAGGUGUAAAGGCCACAACAAGGUAGAUUGUGAGACCAAGAACUCAUCUUUAGUGUACAAGAGGUCUGUGAUAUAGAAGCUGUCCUUAAACUCAUUAGCUUGACUACUGCUAGAGUGGACACCUGAGAUGUUUUGAGACAGCAGACAUCAGUUACCAAAAAUAGGCCAUUCAGCCCAUCCAGAUGGUGCCUGUCACGGAUGGUUGAUAGUAUUUCAGAAAGCAGAUCGCAAUUGGGAAGCGUGUUUUAGCUUUAAUGUCACAAGAAGACUUACUGACUUACUGCAAACAUUAGUUAUAUUGCUGGUGGUAAAAAUUUGGAAGCCAGGCCAAACCUUGUAGGGAGUUCUGAAGUAAAGCCAAAAAAAAAGAGGGAAAAGGUCAGGCAGCCUCUGUGGAGAGUGACUGUUCCAGUGAAAGGUUUGAAACGUUAACUGUUUCUCCCUCCACGGACACUGCCUGAUCUGUUGAGUGUUUCCAGAAUUUUCUGUUCACCUAGCAGUCUCUGGUUUCAGUCAUAGAAACAGGCCCUUCAGCCCAACCAGUCAAUGCUGACCGAGAGGUCCCAUCCGAAUUGGUCCCAUUUGCCCCAAAACCUUCUAAACCUAUCCAACGCCUGUACCUGUCCAAGACGUUUUUGACAAGCGUUACAGCUCCUUCCAUGCAGACAUACCACCUUUAGUGAAAAAGCGGAUAAAUGGAAAUGCCAGCGUGAAGAUGCUGAAAUUUCACACGUUGCAAUGCAUUUGCUGUUUUAAUUUAUCUCCACGAAGUGGCCUCAGUUUGGGAGUGUGCGGAGUUAAUGUCACAAGUCACCGUCAGCCUGACAGGCCAGGGCACGUACACUUGUGGGUGAGCUGGCAUCCAUGCGCACGUCUGCUGUGUGGUUUGCACAUACCUGCAGACAUGUCUGCUGUGCCUGCACGCGUGUGUAUAUCUGUUCUGUGCCUGGGGCAUUCCCGCACAGAAAAGGCCCCUCGGCCCAUCUAGUCCCGUCCCCCUGCACCUGCGCCUUAGCUCUCCAUAACCCCCAUCCAUGUCCUCAUCCACACUUUGAAAUGCUGCAAUUAAACCUGCGGCCACUUCCUCUGAGUGUUCCCUUAAACAUUUCACCUUUUUCUGUUAAACUAUGACCUCUAGUUCCGGUCUUACCCAACCUCAGUGGAAAAAAGCCUGUCACAAUUUUAUGUAGCUUUAUCAAAUCUCCCCUCAUUCUCCUGCGCUCCAGAGAAUAAAGUCCAAAGCUAUUCAGCCUCUCAGGUCCUCGAGUCCCGGCAACAUCCUCGUAAAUCUUCCCUGUACUCACUCGUUCAAUCUUAUUGAUAUCUUUCCUGUAGGUAAGUGACAAAACUCUAAAUGACUGCUACGUGCGCCUUGCUUUGCGUGUGUGAGUAACAGAGAGAGAGAGAGUGAGUCCCAUCCCAAUGCCAGCACCAGAUAUUCACUUUUGGAAGACUGCCUUUUCAGCACAGACACAGGUUCUCAAAGUCACUCGGUAAUAAUCUCGUCUUGAAUUUAAACCUUCGACAUACCUCGCAUU